AUGCUUCCCGGUCAACCAGCCACUACGUCCGGACACCGUGGAGGCUCACGUCGGUCUCAGGUGACCCUCAUCAGGGACCACCAGGCUUGCAUCCCCCUUACUAGGAUACUCGGCGACAGUGACAUUGUCGUUCUUCUCACACCAGUUGUUCCGCCUGCCCAACUAGAUGUUGGUAAAGAGGAUGACCCGUUUGAGCCAUUAGGUCGAGCCUUGGCCACGAGACAUCCGUGGAUUCGACAUGUUCCGUACACCUCACGGAACGGGUUAACUAGCACGCAUGUCGGUUUCAUCAAACGAGCCAAAGUUGUCGUCUUCGUUAUCUCGGGGCUUCCUUACACCGGUCAAUCUUCGCAGGUUGAGAUUGCUCUAAUGGCUCGGAAGAUAGGAGAGCAACGCCCGCAAAUUAUCAUGGCAUGCCAAAAUGUACAUGAUCUCGGCCUCAUGGAAGCAAACUUCCCUACAAUUGUCCAGCUGCCCGGAUAUCUACCUUCUGACUUGCAGGUUGCGGCUGCUAUUCUGUUUGGUGAAGCUACAUCUACAGGUACCGCGGGGUUAGAUGUGCAGUCACUGAUGAUAGAGCCGAAAUUCUGGCCGCCGGAGAAUUGGGAUGCUCUUAAUGUCGCCCCAGUACAUGAGCUUUGGAAUCAGUGUCUACCGGAUCAGUUUCACCUGGAGAAAUUCCCCCUACAGUCAUUACUCCAGCGGGAUGGUUACGCGAUGCAUUUCGUCGUGAGACUUCCUGAGAACCGUGAAGUUAUCGGGUUCUGUGCGACUUAUACUACAUUUGUUGAUAGAGAAGGUGAGCGACUUAUUGGGUCGUUGGCUAUGAUUAUUGUUAAGCCAGCAUAUCGGCGGCGGGGGAUCGGGCUUAGCCUUUAUGAGCACGCUCUCAGACAACUUAAAAGAAUACGGGGAGUGGAUCGAAUUCAAUUGGGUUCUACGUUCCCCCGCCUUCUAAGCGGUAUUCCUGCCGCUUCUGCGUCUGAGGGCUGGUUUCGGAGGCGGGGUUGGCAAAUGGAUGGGCAGGCUCCAGGCCGUGGUCAAGAUAUUUGCGACUGGCUCUUGAGGAUUGAUGAUUGGCCGAGCGGUGGAUUGUCAGCGCCUUCCUCCGGGCUGACUUUCCGACAGGGCAUAUUCGACGAUUUCCCCUUAAUCGCAGACUUUGUAGAAAAGGAGUCUGCUCGCAAAGACUAUACGGGUUGGUAUGACCAAUACGUGAAUCUCGCUCAGGAUGGCCGCAUCAGUGAUAUUGUCCUAGGAUGGGAACAAUCGGAAAUCAUUGCUUCUGCAUUAAUAUAUACACCGAAUGAAGCUAGUUCAUUGGCACAAGACCUUCCUUGGGCACGGACGAUUGGAUCUGAUGUGGGGGGUGUAGCGUGCAUCUGCAUUGCAGACGGCAAUGCGGCGAUGACAAUCAGUAAGGACACUGUUAUGAUUAGAUUACUCGAUGCUUGCGUCACCAUACUCAAAGACCAAGGAAUGAAACGCGUGUUUCUCGAUGCUGUAAAAGGUGGUUAUGAGGGGUUUCAAUCAAUGGGGUUUCAGAAGUGGGCUAUAUAUAAAGAUCUAUGGAAAUCGACAUAA